AUGUAGGUCAUGCGGGAAGGAGGCAUAUAAAAUCAAGAAACUCUUUAAUCUCCAGUCAUUUGAACGAGAAGAAUACCUGUGUUAGUACUGACCACAGGCCCCCUCUGACCAAGACGAUUAAGGCGCUGCGGUUCCUCUAACUAUGCGGCCACUUACGGUCUUUGCUGUCACCACUUUGUUUUGUAUCCUGACCCUGGUACUGUCGGUUGAUGCAAGGCGUCAUCGUAAACAGAACAGAGACAAAUCAGUGGAUAACUUAGAGGAGGAGAGAGAGAUUGUCGAAGAUGACGAGGAAAGCUCUACUUCUCAAGCAAAAAAAUCUCUAACUAAAGACAGCCAUUCGAACGGUGACCGGGAUUCUUUUGCCUCUGCAGACGCAGAAGAGAAAGAACCUCAAGAAAAUAAUCAACCUUAUACAGGUCCAUUUAACGAAGAAGAGCAGGCGAAUGGCAACAGGAGUAGGUCUCGUGGGUUAGUCCGUCCUGGAAUACAGCUGUUUCGGCGGAAAACCCGGAAACCCUUGCCUACACCUAAUAUUUCAGCAAUAUUGAAACCUACGUUACCCUCUUUCCUAUCUCGUUCAAAGUCUAAGACCAGUGCUCAAACGGACUCCCCUGAAGAGGAAAAAGAGAACACAUCUCAAAGUUCCGAAACAAAGUCCGAUGAGAGUCAGGUCACCACUUCUCAUCGACAACGCCCUGAAGCCCCUGGAAGACGUAGAAAAAGGCCUAGAAAUAAAGGGCGCUUUUCACGGCGCCGUAGACUCGAAGCCAGAACAGAUGAAUAAACUUUAAUUUUUUUUUGC